AUGCUGGUUAGCAUCCCCCGUCUCUCGAUCACUGCGGCUGUGUCGGCAUCGCUGGCCGCUUCGCUCUACGUUGCUCCGAGCUCGCCCUGCUCCAAAUUUUGCGGCAAUGUCCUCUCCUCCACUGCUGCCGACGAGAUUCCCUGCGAUGCCGGCACGCUUACGGGAACAUCCACUGGCCUGGUAUGGGAGCAAUGUAUUGAUUGUUUGCUCACCAGCAACCACGUGUCUGGAGACAAGACAGAUCUCCAAGCACUACUCUAUAACCUCAGGUUCAACGUGGAACAAUGCUUCUUUGGCGGCGAGACCAACCCAUGCAUAACACGCACGGCAUGCGAGCCACUCAGGGACGCUGUCGAAUACCAAAACAUGACGACCGUCGUGGGUGCUUACGACUAUUGCUCGAAUUGGGAGCUGGACAUGAUGAGCCAUUGCGGCCCAUGCCUCCAGGGACUCGACGGCGGAAUCCACAUCAACAACUAUAUGACGAUUUUGCAAGCGGCAUGCGAGCAAAAGCCCGCGCCCGGAUCUACCGUUUCCAUCGAUGGCGAUCCCUUCGGUACCACACCCAUUGUCGUCGUCCCUCCGCAGGUGAGCUACUCGUCGGUGCCGACUCCGGACUACGGGCCCAUCUCGCUCGGCGCAAGAGUCGGCAUCGCCUUUGGCGGUCUCGCUUUUCUCCUCGCCAUUGCAGGCUUCUGCAUUGUCUGCAACGGCAAGCGGAGGAGACGCGCCUACCUGCGCGAACUCGAGCGCCGCCAGGGUGGCCAGGUCUACCCCCACCCCAAGACGCGAUACGGCGGCAGUGGCAGCGUCGGACCUGACAUGUUCGAGACGCCCGUCAGUCAGAGACCGUUGCGUGGGUGGGACAACGAGAGCCCUGUCAGUGCGCACACCGACGGGACGUUCCCGCGCUAUUUCAGCCCCUACUCGAGCCAGUUCAACAGUCCCGUGACAGGACCCGAGGGCCCCGGCCCCAGCAACGCCCAGUGGCCGACCCUGGCGCCGCAACAAUCACAACAGCCGCUCGAUCAGCUGAUCCAGACUCAAUCGCCCACCCACGGCUCGCCGCCGCCGGCCUUUGCGCAGUGGCCGACGGUGGGGCAGGAGAAGAUGCUGAUGCAGAUGCAUGCGCACCACGAGAAGCGGCAGAAGGAACUGGCGAUUGGCAUCGCCCUGGGCGGGGACGAGGCCAGCCUGCGGUCCAAGGCGUCCAACCCGAACCUGAACCCGAACGGGUACCCGGUCGAGUCCAAGGGCAAGGAGCGAGACGAGGCGUACGAGAUGCACGAGGUCGAGAGCCCGUACAGUAACGGUACCGGCGACGCGGCGGGCCGCCAGUAUGAGUACCCGUACCGCAUGCCCGCCGAGCCGCAGGCGCCGGUGCUGCAUCACCCCGGUUACGGGAGGCAUCACGGCGGGCGGCCCGGAUCGGGCGGCGUAAGCGGCACGGUGGUGAUGAAUGCCGGCGCCAGUCUUGGGCUUGACACGGGCGAAUAUGGGCAGGGCCAGAGAGGAUUCGCCGUCUCAUAG